AUGAAACAACGCUUCGAAGCCGAUCAGCAUUGGGGCUUCGAAGAAGAGUUCUCCUGGAAGGAGGUCGGCAAGGCGUUCUUGGAUCCGAAAUGGUACGCCUUCUGGGUAUACCAGUUCUGUUGCGACAUCUCGCUUUAUGGACUUACAACGUUCAUGCCAGCUAUCGUGCAGGGCCUUGGCUACACAUCUAUACACGCCAACCUCAUGACCGUUCCGAUAUUCAUGGUGUCUCUGGUAUGCUUCCUGGUAAUUGCCUACUUCUCCGACUGGAUUGGCGUACGUGGGCCAUUUCUUAUUGGAGCACUGCUUUCACUUAUCAUCGGUUAUGCAAUACUCAUCUCCGUGGACAAUCUGAAAGUACGAUAUCUUGCCUGCUUCUUGGCUGCCAUUUAG